UGUUCAGUCGAGCUGAAAAGAAAGCAAAUUUCACAAAUCCAAACCUAAAUCUCCCAUUUUUCCAUGGAGUCUAAUUGCUCAUCUCCCAACACCAUCCCUGUGGUUUCAACAUUGGCAUCCCCCUUUGACAAUUCUGCUGCAGUCAAUGGCUCCGCCAGGAAGCCCAUCAGCCUAUGGCCUGGAAUGUACCAUUCACCAGUAACCAAUGCUUUAUGGGAAGCCAAGUCCCAAAUAUUUGAGAGACUCCUUGACCCACCUAAAGAUGCUCCCCCACAGAGUGAGUUGCUCACCAAAACCCCUUCUCAAAGUAGGACCAGCAUCCUUUAUAAUUUCUCAUCAGAUUACAUCUUGAGAGAACAGUAUAGGGAUCCCUGGAAUGAAGUUAGAAUUGGGAAGUUGUUUGAAGACCUUGAUGCUUUAGCUGGCACUAUCUCUGUCAAGCAUUGUUCAGAUGAUGAUAGCACAACAAGGCCUCUUCUUCUGGUUACAGCUUCUGUUGACAAGAUUGUUUUGAAGAGGCCUAUUAGUGUUGACAUUGAUCUCAAAAUAGUUGGUUCUGUCAUAUGGGUUGGCAGGUCAUCAAUUGAGAUUCAACUAGAAGUCAUCCAGUCCACUAAAGAAAAUUGUGAUGUUUCGGACUCAGUAGCUCUAAUGGCCAACUUCAUCUUCGUGGCCCGUGACUCUAAGACCGGGAAAGCUGCUCCAGUUAACCGGCUUUCACCAGAAACUGAACAUGAGAAGUUUCUAUUUGAAGAAGCUGAAACGAGAGGCAAAUUGAGAAAAAGGAAAAGAGUGGAUAGAAGAGAAUUUGAAAAUGGGGAGGUGAAUAGACUGGAAGCACUCUUGGCUGAGGGCCGAAUCUUCUGUGAUAUGCCUGCCUUAGCUGAUAGAGACAACAUUCUUUUACGGGAUACCCGUCUCGAAAAUGCUAUGAUCUGCCAACCACAGCAGCGGAACAUCCAUGGUCGGAUUUUCGGAGGUUUCUUAAUGCAUCGAGCAUUCGAGUUAGCUUUCUCAACUGCUUAUGCAUUUGCUGGGCUGGUACCUUGCUUUUUAGAAGUUGAUCAUGUUGAUUUCUUAAGGCCUGUUGAUGUAGGCGAUUUCCUUCGUUUGAAGUCACGCGUUCUGUACACGGAACUCGAGAACCUCGAUCAACCACUAAUCAAUGUUGAAGUAGUUGCUCAUGUUACAAGGCCCGAAAUCAGAACAAGUGAGGUAUCAAAUACAUUUUAUUUCACGUUCACUGUCCGGCCGGAAGAGAAGGCUACCAAGAAUGGAUUUAAGAUGCGAAACGUAGUUCCAGCGACCGAGGAAGAAGCAAGACGUAUUUUUGAGCGCAUGGAGGCGGAGAUGUAACAUAGGGAAGUCAGUGAAGCAGACGCAGAUCAAGUCUUCCGAUAUUAGCAAUUGAUGCUAUCUUUGCCUAAGAUUGAGGAAAUUAUAAAACAUAAACGAACAUUAGCUGUUAUGGUUUUCUGAGUCAUAUUAUUACAGUGCAUGAUAAAACCAAAAACAUCUUAGCUAUGAUGUCUAUUUAGGUGAACGUCAGAGAUUAAUCCCAAAUUCAAACAAUCGUUUCUGUUAUCCCAC